UAAAAAGUGAAGAAGUUCUAGCUCAAAAAAAGUGAACCUACAUGGCGCAUCAGAUUUUUAUUUCCCGACAGCUUUUUUUUAAAGGAGAUUUUAUGAUCGCAUCAGAUUUUUAUUUCCUGGAGACGGUCUGAUGCCCUCGUCCUAGUUUUGCUUAUUAUUCUUUGAAAUUUGAAUUCGGUAGCUUAUCUGUUUCCUUCUCUCAGCGCUGCGGAUUGAUUUGGAUCGAUUCUAUUACGUUUCGGCCAAAGUGCACAUGGCGCAUUAUCGGUUCCAUCUCGGAGCUGGGGCAAGUAGCAGAUCAAAUUACUAUGAAUUCUGAGAAGUCCAAUGCAAGUCAGUCAAGUGAACCUUCCAAAGGUAUCAAAAAAAAGGAAGAGGGCUGCAGUGAAAGUAGAGAGGAAAAAACGAUCUUGGGUAUGGGGACACUAUGAGACAGCAAUGAAGCCUCUCAUGAAAGAAAAUGAGCAAGGUAUAGAGGUACAAGUUGGACACACUCAAAUAUCUACGUGUAAGUAUUGUUCUACUGAUAUUGCUUCCGAUUCAACAAGAAACGGAACUAGCACACUACAAAAACACUUAGAACAACACUGCCCCAUGUACCCUGGCUGUGUUAAAAAUGUGGGAGUAGGUCAGAAACACCUUGUUGUUGACAAUAAUGGUGAAGAUAUUGUAGUUACUCAUUGGACUCAAGAAAAUUGCACUAAAGCGGCUGUUGAAAUGAUUGUUAUAGAUGAGAUGCCCUUUAGUGCAAUAGAGAAAGAGGGAUUUAGGAGAUUUUGCAAAAUUGCAAUUCCGAAGUGGAAAGUUCCCUGUAGGAAAACAGUGGUGAAGAUGUUUUUAAGUAUGUAUAGCACAAUGAAGGAUGAUUUGAGAGCUGAUCUAAGAAAUUAUUGUGUUAGCUUAACAACGGAUACAUGGACUUCAUUGCAAAAUAUCAAUUAUAUGGUAGUUACUGCCCAUUUUAUUGAUAAUAGUUGGACUAUGCAUAAGCGAAUCCUGAACUUUUGUGUCAUUCCAAAUCAUCAAGGGUUAACGAUAGGAAAGCUUCUAGAAAAAUGUGUGCAAGAUUGGUCAAUUAUGAAGCUUUUAACAAUUUCUGUUGAUAAUGCAUCUUCUAACAAAGUUGCAUUGGAUUACAUAAAGAGGAAGUUAAACAAUGGUGAUAAACAGCUUGUUCUUGGUGGGAAGUAUCUUCAUGUUAGAUGUUUAGCUCACAUUGUAAAUCUUAUUGUUAAGUCUGGUUUAAGAUGCAUGGAGAAGUCGGUGCUUUCAAUUAGAAAUGCAGUGAGGUAUGUGAGAAGUUCACCUGCUAGAUAUGAUGCUUUUAAAGAAUGUGCUAAGAAAGAGGAACUCGAAAGUAAAAAAGUGUGUGUCCUGGAUGUGCCGACAAGGUGGAAUUCCACCUACAUAAUGCUUGAGACCGCACUUGAGCUCAAAGCAGCAUUUGAUAGGCUGGCUGAAGAGGAGGAAUCUAAGUAUAGUGGAUAUUUCGAUGAAGAAGAAAAUGAAGAUGAAGAACUGAGCUUCACAGGAGGGAAUGGCAGGAAAAGAGUGGGUCCUCCUGUUGAAACUGAUUGGGAUAAUUGUGCUGAUUUUGUGAAGCUUUUGAAAGUUUUCUUUGAUACUACAGUGGUGUUUAGUGCAACAAAUAAGCCAACUGCACAUAAAGCAUUCUUUCAAAUUGCUACCAUUAGAUCUGAGAUUGAGGAUAUGUGGUCAAAUGAUUCACCAGAGUUACUGGAGGGUGCACAGAAAACAUUAUUUGACAUGUCAGUCGAGAUGCAAGCGAAAUAUAGGAAGUACUUUGAUACUGUUGAUGAUAUGAACCAAAUCCUCCUUGUUGCUUUGGUUUUAGACCCUAGAUUCAAGCUCAAAUACUUCGGUAGGAUUCUUGAAAAGAUGUUGAAUGAAUCCAGUGAAGCGGUGAAGAAAAAGAGUGAUCAGUUAAAGGAUUUGAUAGUGCAACUCACCGAUACUUAUGCAUCCGAAGCAGCUAAUCUAUGUUCCAACACAACAAAAGGCACAAAAGAAGUUGGAAGCAGCACAGGCAACAAUAGGAAUAAAAAACUGUCUGGGAAAAGGGCGAUGAUGUAUGAGGAUUGGGAGAAAGAUCUUGAAGAAGGGAGUUCAAUUGUAGUUGCUCAUGAGGUUGACAGGUACCUUUUAGACCCGAUAGAAAAACAUACAGAUGAUUUUGAUAUUUUGACAUGGUGGAGGCUCAAUGGGCCAAAGUACCCUAACAUGCAAGCAAUGGCUAAGGAUGUUUUAGCAAUUCAAGUUAGUAUAGUAGCAUCUGAAUCUAGUUUUAGCACGGGAAAGAGAGUUAUUGAUCCUCAUAGGAGUUCUCUAACUCCAAGAUCAGUUGAGGCACUGAUUUGUCUUCAAAAUUGGUUGAAGUCUGACUCAAUUACAAAUCUUGGGUAUGCUCCCACCCCUGAGGAAAUGGAGUGGUUAGAAAAUACUGAAAAAGAGUUUGAGCAAGAAGAAAGGCAAACCAAAGAUAAACAGAAAGUAUGAAGGAGGAAUUGACGGGACAUUUAGGUGGAUGUGUGUGCCUUUUAGUUUUGCUGGUUUGAAGUUUGAAGUAAUAGAAGUUGAUGGCUUGUCCUUGCCUUGGAGAUAUACGACGUUACUGUCCAGACCAACAAGGAUCAAGAUUAGAGAUUAUAAUCUAAGACUGUUAAUUUAGGAAUUAUUAUGGACUGAACUGAUUGUACUUUUCUAAGCUCCACUUUUUUUCUUUUUGAGCAAUUGAACUUUUAUGUGUCAAUUCAUCGUAACUUCUUACAAUCCUGAAUUUUUUAAUUUAAAUUUGAUGUUUAUUUCAGACGU